AUGGAGCUGAGACUACUCAUAAAUUCUAACUCAGCAGAAUACCUGGAGAAUUCCUCUGAGUACUCGGAGGUUGACCACGACAUUGUUGAGAGAUAUGUCGUAAAUGCUCAUAAUAAUCCUCCGGUGAACCACGAUCCCUUCCUCACCGAAUCGAUUCUUCAUGUCCGUCCAGAAGGAGCUCUGCUAGACCGCAUCCGCGAGCACAUGCACCGCUACGAUGUCAUCGAGUACGAUGCGAUUUGGACGUUGGAGGAUGGAUCUGAGACCGCAGAUUGGGAAUCGCACAGAGAAGAAACAUUGAGAUCCCUCAUCCUACCGGAGAUCCGCUAUACUGUGAGAAACAAACCGGGUGACAAAUUUUCGUUUGGAGUCGCUAAACCAGUCAUCGAGGCUCUUUCUACAUUGACCGCGCCUGAUUCUCGUGACGCCCUAUUAGGACGAAUCGAGACGUGGCAGUUGGUCAUGACAGGUGGCUGGGAUAGCACGCCUAUCACGGAAAGUGUCACCACGAAUAUGCUCCUCACGUAUUACGCGCAUCUGGUAGAUCUUGGGGCAGCUCUUGUCGGCUCACCGCGUUCUUUUACCUGUCUGGUCACAACCGUGUUCGGGUUCCCGUACAACAAUGUCUGUUUGUUGAUUCCUUCGUAUCAUAUUUUCCGCAUUCCUGCGGUGGUGGAAGCUGUUCGUAGAUGGAUGCGUGCUCCGGCUCUGUCCUUUGCAGUCCAGAAUGCACCGCGUGACCAAUUCCCGUAUAAUGUGGAAUUGAGAGCGCCGGGUCAGGAUGGCGCAGAAGAGGAGGUGGAUCCCGAAGGCGAACGCGAAAUCGCUCGUGUUAUCUACACGCUCGACGUCGCUCGCAUCGGAACUCAUUUUCGAGAGAAUCUGCCGACCCUGGACAUCAUUGAUAUUUUAUUGUCUAAUGAAUGCCCCGGGCCGAAGAACCUCGUUAUUCGACGCAUCCGAACGAUUCAAGACACCAUCACCGCGGCUAAUGAAGAAACUGAAUCUCUCGAUAAUUACACGGCUGAAGACCUCGAUGCUUAUUGUGCGUUUUGGACCGCGAUUCUCCACGCUCUCCGCGUGUUUGUAGAGUCCGGUGCGUCCACGUCAGCUCGGUUGUCAGAGUGUACUAUGGAGUUGAUUCAUGGAGGAGAAACCGCGUUCGAGUUGGCUUUUCCUACGAUGCGUGCCUUCCAUUCGGAAGCGCUCGGUUGGUGGUUAUUAUGGGUGGAGAAAACUCUUGUUCCGCAGCUUAAGCGCGUAUCAGGACUCCAGUGCUCGUGUACCUUCCACGAACGUCAACCACGCAAUCAGGAAGACCAACCAGAACAAAAUUGA